GCUGCUAAGCUUCUGGCAUUUCUAGUGGCAAGAAAAAUGAUACUUAAAAGGAAGAAAAUAUAAGGGUUUGAUGAAAAAUAGAUUCCUAAACAUGCCAAACCUGCCAAACAGGAAUAAAAGCUUCCAGUAGAAACAUCAUGUUCCCUUGAAAUGAAAGUGUUUUAGCUUGUGUGAGCAUAUUUGACUCGAAAAGAAAUGAAAUCAUGUUUCAUCUCAGGAAGAUGUAUGCUUCAGGAAAAUUUCUAGCUUCUUGUUUAAUAUUGAGAAGAUAUUUGGCACAGAGUCAACUCCCCAAUUACAUAAAAUAAAGAAUGGCAUAUUAUUGGCAAACAGAUCCAAAUCCAAAUGAAUCAUGUGAAGAAGAAUAUGACCAAGAAGUUCACUCUGUAAAUCAAUUCCUUCCUUCUAGCCAGAUAAGUCUGGGUUUUGAUCAGCUGGUUGAUGAGAUCAGUAAUAAAAUUCCACUCUAUCCUAAUGAAAUGGAAGGAAACACUCUUUUUAUACCCCAUGCACCAAACUGGGAAUCAAAAAGGCAUUCAGUAGAAACACACCAAAUAUCUUUGAAUGAAUUUGCUUCUAAAAGUCCUGAAGGCCCCUAUCAUCAAGAUAGGAAAACACCAGUCAUUGGUUUCAGUCCAUCUGUGCUACCAAAACCUCCAAAUAUGAAUGAAGAAAGCUCUGGGGGAAACCUCAUAGGAAAAUAUGGUGAUGACAAUUCCAGAUUCAAUAUUUUAGCUUCAUCUCUCCUUAAACUGGAUAAAAAUAAUUCACAGAGAGAACUGAACAAGAAAAGUCAUAACUACCAUAUAGGCUUUGAAGGUAACAUUCUUCCAACACAUCCAUCCUUCUCAACCAACUUCAUGUCAGAAGAAGAGAAUAAAAGGAGUGGACAUGUGAAUGUUAUAGAACCUUCCCUGAUUCUCGUUAAAGGUCCUUUUUUACCCCAAAUAUGGGAAAGUACAUGGCCAAAGAAUGUAGAGCCAAUAGGUUGUUCCAUUCAGCUAGCUGAAGUACCUCAGGGAAGUAAUAUGAGUCUCGCCUCCUUUUGCAACAAGGUGAAAAAAAUAAGAGAAUCAUAUCAUGCAACUGAUGAUAAUUCCAAUUCUGGGAAGAUCUGGAGCGCUACCACAGCAUUUCCAUAUCCGCUUUUUCCUAAUACCAAGUUUAAGAUAAAUAUUUUUACUGAUAACUCAACACAGCUACUUCAUUUUAUGCCAGAUGCUAAUUAUCUUGUCAGAGACCUAAUUGCAGAUAUUCUACAUUUUUGUGCAAAUAACCAACUAUAUCCCAAAGAUCAUCUUCUAGGCAUAUGUGGCUCUGAAGAAUUUUUACAAAGUGAUUACUGUUUGGGGAGCCACAAAAUAUUUCAGAAAGAUAAAUCCGUUAUUCAACUUCAUCUGCAGAAAAAGAGAGACAUCCCAGGAAAGUUAUCUAGAAAGCAUGAAGAUGACCACAGUCAGUUUUAUCUGAACCAACUUCUAGAAUUUAUGCAUAUUUGGAAAGUAUCCAGACAGUGCCUCUCAACAGUACUCAAACAAUAUGACUUCCACCUGAAAUACCUAUGGAAAACUCAGCAAAACGUGAGUAAUGUUAUUGAAGAAGUUAAAAAAAUAUGCAGUGUGCUGGGGUACGUGGAAACCAAACAAAUCACAGAUGCAGUAAGUGGACUAAAUCUAAUUCUUCAGAGAAAAGCAGAGAAUUUUCACCAAAAUUCAGAGACAUCAAUAACAGGCUUGAUAGAGAAAGUGACAACUGAACUCUCCUCAUCUAUCUAUCAGCUAACCCACAUGUAUUGUAGCAGCUUUUAUGCAGAUUUUCAGCCCGUAAAUGCACCCGGAAGCAUUUCCUGUGUACAUCCUGGACUCCAUUCCCACCUAAGCUUCACCGUGUAUGCAGCUCACAAUAUUCCAGAGACCUGGGUGCACAGCUAUAAAGCAUUUUCUUUUUCCUGUUGGCUUACGUAUGCUGGAAAGAAGCUUUGCCAAGUGAGAAACUACAGAAAUAUUCCAGUCAAAAAAUUAUUUUUUUUCUUGGCCAACUGGAAUGAAACUAUUAAUUUUCCUCUUGAAAUAAAGUCACUUCCAAGGGAAUCUAUGCUCACUAUAAAGUUGUUUGGGAUUGUCUGUGCAACUAACAGUGCAAAUUUACUGGGCUGGACUUGCCUUCCAUUGUUCCCAAAAGAAAAAUCCAUUUUCGGGUCUAUGCUAUUCAGUGUGACAUUACAGAGUGAGCCUCCCAUAGAAAUGAUAGCUCCAGGAGUGUGGGAUUCAAGUCAGCUGUCCCCGGUGACCCUGCAGAUUGAUUUUCCAGCUACUGGAUGGGAGUUUAUGAAACUUGAUUCCGAAGAGAACAGAAUUAAUCUUGAAGAACCACCAAAAGAGUGUUUAAAGCAUAUUGCCAGACUUGCACAGAAACAGUCUCCCCUGCUACUCUCAGAGGAAAAGAGAAGAUACCUAUGGUUUUAUCGCUUCUACUGCAAUAACGAAAACUGCUCCCUUGCCUUGGUGCUGGGUAGUGCCCCUGGCUGGGAUGAGAGGACUGUUUUGGAAAUGCAUACCAUUUUGAGAAGAUGGACAUUUUCUCACCCUUUGGAAGCACUUGGGCUUCUGACUUCCAGUUUUCCAGAUCAAGAAAUUCGGAAAGUGGCAGUUCGACAAUUAGACAACCUCUUGAAUGAUGAGCUUCUGGAAUAUCUCCCACAGCUAGUUCAGGCUGUCAAGUUUGAAUGGAACCUUGAAAGUCCUUUAGUACAACUGCUGCUACACCGCUCAUUGCAAAGCAUCCAGGUUGCCCAUCGUCUUUACUGGCUGCUAAAGGAUGCACAGAAUGAAGCUUAUUUUAAAGGCUGGUAUCAGAAGCUGCUGGCUGCUCUCCAAUUCUGUGCAGGAAAAGCCUUGAGUGAUGAGUUUUCCAAAGAGAGGAAACUUAUCAAAAUUCUGGGAGAUAUUGGGGAAAAAGUCAAGUCUGCCAGUGACUCUCAAAGACAGGAGAUACUAAAGAAAGAGAUUGGCAGACUAGAAGAAUUCUUUCAAGAUAUAAAUACUUGUCACCUUCCCCUGAACCCUGCCCUAUGUAUAAAAGGGAUUGAUCACAAUGCAUGUUCAUAUUUCACAUCUAAUGCUUUGCCACUGAAGAUUACUUUCAUCAAUGCUAAUCCAAUGGGUGAAAACAUCAGCAUUAUUUUUAAGGCCGGAGAUGAUCUUCGUCAGGAUAUGCUUGUUCUGCAGAUUAUUCAAGUGAUGGACAACAUUUGGCUGCAGGAGGGCCUGGAUAUGCAAAUGAUCAUUUAUAGAUGUCUAUCCACAGGAAAAGGCCAAGGAAUGGUGCAGAUGGUACCUGAUGCAGUAACCCUAGCAAAGAUCCAUCGCCAUUUUGGACUGACAGGACCACUGAAAGAAAACACCAUCAAGAAGUGGUUCAGUCAGCAUAACCCCUUAAAGGCAGAUUAUGAUAAGGCCUUGAGGAACUUUUUCUACUCCUGCGCAGGCUGGUGUGUGGUAACAUUCAUCCUGGGAGUCUGUGACCGUCAUAAUGAUAAUAUCAUGCUGACCAAGUCAGGUCACAUGUUUCACAUCGACUUUGGGAAAUUCUUAGGACAUGCACAAACAUUUGGAGGGAUAAAAAGGGACCGAGCUCCUUUUAUUUUUACUUCAGAGAUGGAGUACUUCAUUACAGAGGGUGGGAAGAACCCACAGCAUUUCCAAGAUUUUGUGGAGCUUUGCUGUCGAGCUUAUAAUAUUGUCAGAAAGCAUAGCCGACUGCUCCUGAACCUGCUAGAAAUGAUGCUACAUGCAGGAUUGCCUGAGCUAACUGGAAUCCAGGAUCUGAAAUACGUGUAUAAUAAUCUUCGUCCACAAGACACAGACCUGGAAGCAACAAGUCAUUUUACCAGGAAAAUAAAGGAAAGUCUGGAGUGUUUCCCUGUUAAGUUGAAUAACUUGAUCCACACACUUGCACAAAUGUCAGCCAUCAGUCCUGCCAAAUCUACUUCACAGAGUUUUCCCCUGGAAUCCUGUGUGCAGAGCGCAACCAGGUCCAUUCAAAGAGCAAGAAUUUUAGGGUUCAGCAAGAAACCCACUAACCUGUAUGUGAUCCAGGUGACUCACAAUAAUAAUGAAAUAAGCCUGACAGAAAAGUCAUUCGACCAGUUUUCAAAACUUCACGGCCAACUUCAGAAGCAGUUUGCAUCAUUGCCUCUCCCUGAGUUUCCUCAUUGGUGGCACUUACCUUUCACAAAUUCAGAUCACAAAAGAUUCAGAGACCUCAAUCAUUACAUGGAACAGAUACUAAAUGGAUCACAGGAAGUUGCAAACAGUGAUUACGUACUUGGGUUUUUCCUCUCUGAGCCUGUGCAACAAAAAAUUGAAGAAUCAGAACUUGUGAACCUAGGUGCGAAACAUCCUGACAAGAAGCCCAAGGUUCAGUUGGUUAUAUCAUAUGAAGAUACAAAGCUGACUGUACUAGUGAAACACAUGAAAAACAUUCAUCUCCCGGAUGGCUCUGUGCCCAGUGCACAUGUUGAAUUUUAUCUUUUACCAUAUCCCAGUGAAGUCCGUAGGAGGAAAACAAAAUCUGUUCCAAAAUGUACCGACCCCACUUACAAUGAAAUUGUAAGUAUGAUUCAUCUUUUGUCCAGUCAUUUUGUAUUUUUCUUUCCAUUUUUCAGCUAAACAGCCAAAUAUGGAGAAUUUGUAACAAUUGGCAGCAUUAUUCCAUAAAGGAAAGAUAGUUCCCCAAAUAGUCAUGGCAUACUGAUCACUGUUCUAGAUGCUAUGGGAACGGGAAAAUGCAGAUACUGCUUUGAACACUCUCAUGUAUCAAUUUUCAAAUCGUGACUAACCUCCAGCAAGAGCCCCAAACUCGUUUUGCAAACUAACAUUGUCCCUGACUUCAUCUUACUUCUUCUAACCUCCUUCACCUGAUUUUCCUCAUAAAUUUAUCA